CACACAUGAAAGCACCUACCAGACCCCAUUUCCUUGUCAUAUUCUUUUGCUUCAUAUCACAAUCCUGUGCUUUAAAUAACUCAUUUCUCAUCAAAUUUAUUACAAACACGAAUACUCUCCUAACACAACAACAACUCAUAGAACCCACCCUCUCUUCACAAACAAUAUGGGAAAGAAAAAUUUGAAACUACCUUCUCUUUUCAAAACCAAAGAAAUUUCACAAAGAAAACAACAUCCAUGGCAAUUCUUACCCUCUUGUGGCCAUCCAAAAACUCUUUCUUUUCGAGUUGGUGCUGCUUCUACUUCUGCUGCUGAUGAUCACAUAUUCAAAACGGUUAAUUCUGUGUUUUUUGACCAAACAGACAACAUUAAUAUAGAAACACCAAAAUCAUGGUUCACAACAUCAUCUGAAUCUGCAAGUUUCUCAACAGAAUCAGAAGAUUACUAUUGCUACAACGACGGCGAAUCAUUGGAGACAUUGGUACGAGGAGUUAAGUCGGAGAGAUUGUUUUUCGAAGCAGAAGACACGAGUUCGAUCUUAGAAAAGGCGAAGGCUAAUGGUUUUCCAUUCAAAGAAAGUGUUGUGUUAGCUAUGGAGUCAGAGGAUCCAUAUGAAGAUUUUAAGAGAUCAAUGGAAGAGAUUGUUGAGUCUCAUGGUGUGAAAGAUUGGGAUGGUUUGGAAGAGCUUUUGAGUUGGUAUUUGAAAGUUAAUGGUAAAAAUAAUCAUGGGUUUAUUGUUGGUGCUUUUGUUGAUUUGUUGAUUAGUUUAGCAGCUUCUAAUAAUUCUAAUAACUCUUGUUCUAAUUUAACUUUAUAUUCUUCUGCUGUUUCUUCUUUUGCCUCUUCUUCACCUUUGUAUCUAUGUGAGGGACAGAGUGAGAUUACUGAGAUUGAAGAUAAUAAUAAUAAUAAUAAUGUAACAGCUUCUUAGUAUUAAUUAGAUGUAGCUAGUUUUAACCUUUUUUGUUGUUGUACAUUUUGUAGAUUGAAAGAAAAUUUAAUGAAAAUUAAGUUAUA